AUGUCCGCCAUCUCCGCAUCGAAGCAGAAGCGUCUCGCAGCCAAGGCCGCCAAGGAGGCUUCCAAGAAGUCCUCUGCCGCCUCCACCCCCGCCGGUACCAACGGCCGCAACACUCCCGCCCCCGGCGACGAUGAGGAGGUCGACACCCUUGCCCCUGCCCUGAGCGCCAUCGACCUUGCCAAGUCCAAGGGAGGCGAUCGUUCUUCGACCGGUGUCUUGACUUCCCAGCCCCUCUCCCGCGAUAUCAAGAUCGAGUCCUUCUCCCUCCGUUUCCACGGUCGUGAGUUGAUCUCCAACACCGAUAUCGAUCUCAACUUUGGUCGUCGUUACGGUCUUAUCGGAGCCAACGGUUCCGGAAAGUCCACUUUGCUCGAGUGCCUUGCUGCUCGUGAGGUCCCCAUUCCCGAGCACAUCGAUAUCUACUUGUUGCAAGAGGAAGCUGCCCCCUCAGACUACAACGCCAUCGAGGCCGUCGUCGUCGAGGCCAAGAUCGAGGUUGAUCGUCUGGAGAAGGCGGCCGAGGACAUGUUGGCUGAGGUCAACGGUGCCGACAACCCCCUCCUCGACGACAUGUACGAGCGUAUCGAGGAGCUCGACCCCUCCACCUUCGAAACCCGUGCCGCCACCCUCCUCCACGGUCUCGGUUUCACCAAGAAGGAUAUGCUCAAGGCUACCAAGGACAUGUCCGGAGGAUGGCGUAUGCGUGUUGCCCUCGCCAAGGCCCUUUUCGUCAAGCCCACUCUUCUUCUCCUCGAUGAGCCCACCAACCAUUUGGAUCUCGAGGCCUGUGUGUGGCUCGAGGACUACCUCUCCAGAUACGACCGUAUCCUCAUCCUCAUCUCCCACUCCCAGGAUUUCUUGAACGGUGUCUGCACCAACAUCAUGAACUUGAACCACAAGCGCAAGCUCGUCAACUAUGGUGGUAACUACGAUACCUACGUCAAGACCCGUUCCGAGUUGGAGGUCAACCAGAUGAAGGCCUACGUCAAGCAGCAGGAGGAAAUCGCCCACAUCAAGAAGUUCAUCGCUUCCGCCGGUACCUAUGCCAACUUGGUCAGACAGGCCAAGUCCAAGCAGAAGAUUAUCGACAAGAUGGAGGCUGCUGGUUUGAUCGAGAAGGUCGACCCCCCACUGUUGUUCAAGUUCAAGUUCUCGGACUCCGACAAGCUCCCCCCACCAGUCCUCGCCUUCGACGAGGUCGCUUUUGCCUACUCUGGCGACAUGAAGGAUGCCCUUUACAACGGUGUCAACCUCGGUAUCGACAUGGACUCCCGUGUCGCUCUCGUCGGACCCAACGGAGCCGGAAAGUCGACCCUUCUCAAGUUGAUGACCGGAGAGUUGUCCCCCACCCAGGGUCGUGUCCAGCGUCACAUGCAGCUCAAGCUCGGCAAGUACAACCAGCACUCUGCCGACCAGCUCGACAUGGAUGUCUCCCCCAUCGACUACUUGCGUAGGAAGUUCCCCGACCUGCCUCAGGAUACCGAUCACUGGCGUCAGAGCAUCGGCAAGUACGGUCUUACCGGCUCUCACCAGACCUCGCCCAUCGGUCACUUGUCCCACGGUCUCCAGACCCGCUUGGUCUUUGCCGAGUUGGCCUUGUCUCGCCCCCACAUGCUCUUGUUGGAUGAGCCUACUAACCAUUUGGAUAUGGAGUCUAUUGAUGCUCUUGCCGAGGCCAUCAAGACCUUCACCGGUGGUGUCGUCCUUGUUUCCCACGACUUCCGUCUCUUGAAGGAGGUUGCUGAUCACAUUAUCGUCGUCGAUAAGGGUGUCUCUGUCUUUGGCGGCACCAUCGCCGAGUACAAGAAGAUUCUUCAGAAGAAGUCUUUGGAGAGCGCUGGUCUCAUCAACUAA